CUCUUUUUAGAAAUCCCCCCGCAACAGAGUGAGCACAGCUUGAACUAACUUGAAGCUAAUCACUGGCGAGCAGCUUCCUGAGAGCAGUGGUUGUAAUGUUCUGAUUUGAAAUACCGGUAUGGGAAUAACAGCAUCAACAACCUUCGACUCCCUGAGUAGCAAUGCGUUGCUUGUACGCCUGGUUGGCCGCGAGACGAUUGGAUUGAACGAUUCGUUUUGGACUGAUCUUCUUGCUUUCACGUUCUCAGCACCACUGAGAAGUGAGGACUCCAAGGCGCUGACGGAAGCCACUCUGCCACUAUGUCAGAAACUUGUGGAGAAUGGUGUUGCAUCGGGCAACUUGUACACACUGGUGCAGUUGUUUGUAUGGCGCUGUGAGCUGCUCUGCCAUGCUGUGCAAACUGGACAGAACACUGAAGAUCUGCCACUACUGACCUACAACAGUCUGCUGUUAAUCAGGCAGCUCACUCAACAUCUGAUCUUGGUCUGUGCCGAAGACAAGCUAGAGUCCUACUUCAAUGCUACAGCGCCGUCCCCACCCAACAGUCCAGCUGCACGUCCACUCAAGACCGUGGCUGACAGCAGUUCCGCUGCAUCAUUGCCGCCAGACCAGCGACUGACAUGUACGGCACCUGUGCGUGGUGCCGAAGCAGCUCCCCCCGCACACGCCACCAGUGGUAGCGGCAGCAGCAGCGCUAGUAGUCCCAGCUCUCUGGCCUCCAUGCCGUUUGUGAAUCAGGCGCGCCAGAUGAUGUCGGCUGAGAGUGGUUAUGCUGUGGUCGAUGAUGACAUUACUGUGCCACUCGCCAAAGUUUUUGCUGAAGGUGCUGUUGUUCGUCCCACUGCACCUGCACAACGGAAGGACAAGCUGGCAGCGGGGGCAGCGAUGGCGGGAGGUGCCAGUCGCCAGCGCCGCCCCGCCAAGCUGACUCAUUGUGAUUCUGCUCCUUCCAUGCUGCCCAGUGACAGAACAGAUGGCUCAUUGGAGAGUCUUCUUGACACGCUCUGCUCGGCGAUCAGCACCUUGCAGGCAGGCAGUGACACUCUACAUGACCUGCUGCUGGAGUGCAUGCAGACAUUCCUGGUUCUCUUGUCCACUCAGCAAGAUGGCAAGCGGCGGCGUGUUCGUACUGGUACUGACGGCGGCCAUGCUGUUGGAGGUGGUGGGCAGAACAUGGGCUUUGCUCUGGAUCAUCUUGUUAUGAACUGUAACUGUUGCAAGGAAUGUGUGCGAGCACUACUGACUCACUUUGUCAAGCAACCACCAGCACCAGAGAAACCUGAAGCAGCUAGUUUGUUGAGUGGCCUGUGGUCCAUGGUAUUCACAGCAGCACAAUCCAGCAGCAGUAGCAGCACAUCUACAGUGGUUACAUCGCCGCUAGCUCACCUGGCAUUACACCUGCUGCUCGUCCUGACUAACUACUUCCAGCAGAAGGGUCAGAAGAACCCAUUCCACUUCUCCUUGGCAUGUAUUGCCGAUGAUCGGGAUCGCGACUUGGAUCGAGGUGAUGUGUCGUUCCCGUUCCACCUUGAUGGCUUGUAUAAUACACUCUGUUCUCAACUCACGGAGCCGUCUGCCGCCCUGCUGCUCUAUAUCUUCCUGCACAACAACCCACGUGUGUCCGGCUACAUACUGUCUCGCACUGACAUUGAAAACCUGGUUCUACCAUUGCUACAAAUGUUGUACGCAGCGGACGAGUCUCAGCAACAUCACAUUUUGAUGCUUCUGAUUAACAUCCUCAUUUUGACGCAAGAUGAACAGUUCAACCGUGCUGUACAUGAAAUCGAGCUGAAAUCUGUACCAUGGUAUAAAGAGCGUGGUCUUGGAACUAUCAGUCUGGGCAGUCUCAUGGUUCUUGUGCUGUUGCGUAUCAUUCAACUCAACAUGGCAAAGAUCAGGGAUAAGUUUCUACACAACAAUUGUCUCGCUGCUCUUGCCAACAUGAGUGCAUCGUUUCGAGACCUGAACGCCUUUGCGGCGCAGCGUUUACUCGGACUCUUUGAGGCUCUGUCGAAGAAGCACCAGAAACUUCUGAGGAGAGAGCCGUAUUCUGUGAAGGACACCGCCGAGACUUCCGAUGAUCAGUCAUGGGACCUGCCUGCAUUGGAAGAGGUGUUGCGCACUAUCUUGGAGAUUGUCAAUGCUGCACUGACAUCAAUGCUGGUUCACAAUCAGCAUCUGAUCUACGCACUGUUACAUCGUCAGCGUGUCCUAGCGCCCUACUCUACCUUGCCUGCCUUCUCUGAUAUCAUGUCCAAUAUUGAUAUGGUGCUAACUUAUUUUUCGAGUCGCUUGGAGGACACUGGUAGCGGUUCUGUAGAGGACGUGCUGGCCAUGAUAUCCAAAGGAGCACGACAAUGGCCUGCCGACUGUCUUGCUAGGUUUCCUGAGCUACGCUACCAGUAUGUAGAGGAAGAGCAUUCAGUGGAGUUCUUCAUCCCCUACAUCUGGUCUCUGGUGCAGGCCAGUCCCAUUAUUCAUCUCAAGCGCGACGCCAUUAGCAGUAGCAGUGGCAGUGCCACUUCUUGAACGCGGCUGCAUAUUUUUACCAUUUUUACCUUGGUUUUAUCCCUCCCCAUCAUCUCCCCCUUUUAACUGAACAUUCCAUUCCAACAACAAUUUCACCCCCAUCUUGCUUUAUAUUCAACGUUAUUUUUUCACAUAUAAUGUGUAGAGAAUGUACACCAGGUUUCUUUGCUGCUAUCGCUCCUUAGAAUAGGAAAUUUAGAAAGAUAUGAGAAAAAGUAGUUGUUUCCUGUCUUUUGUGGACAUCUUGUAAGAAAGGAGAAUGUUAUGGGUAUAGAA